GGAGAGCGCGCUGCGGUCGCAGUAGGACACCAGCCUCCACAGCAGAACCAGCAGAGACUGAAGACCAGAAGACCAGAAGCUCCCGGACUCUGAGCUCCAGCAGCUGAUGGGGAGCGGAGACCUGCUGGGCCGCAGCGGGGGCGCCUUCACCGGACACCAGCGCUCCGUGUUCCCCCUGCAGGAUUAACUCUUCACCAUGGCUCCAAAACACGCGCUCCUCUCCGGCGGCGGCCCCGGGGCUGGAGGAGACCCCCCCCGCGGGUCCUGGACCCGGGACCCGGGGAUGGUGGCCGUGUGUCCGCGGACCGGGAGGAGGACGCGGCGGGCCGGGCUGCCGGCCCGGUGGUCGGUGACCGUCGGUACCGUGAUGGUGCUGAUGCUGCAGAGCUGCCUGGCUGCUGACGCUGAGGGAGUUCACCACGUGUCGAUGAGAAGGGCUCUCCUGCCUCUGGACCCCGCAGCACCCCCCAACCGCCCAGCCGUCCCCCCACCUGGAGGCAGAGCUGGACCAGUAAAAGAUGCGACUGAUGGGAGUGAUGGACCCAGAGCCGGACCCAGAGCCGGACCCAGAGCCGGACCCAGAGCCGGACCCAGAGCCUGGCCCGAGGGUAAAGUGUUUGCCGAGGCCAGGGCGGCGGUGUGGACUGAAACAGAAGCAGCGGUCCGUGCUGGGGCAGGGGGCAAAGUCUUUGCAGAGACGGGGAUCAUGAGAGGAACCGGCGCCUGGGCUGAGGUCGGGGCUGAGUGGAGUCCGGUGAAUGAAGGAGGAGAUCUGGCGAGCAUGAGCAGGGACCCUGCUGCCUGGCUGGGACAGCAGAGGGGAAGAGGCCUCCGGCAGCCGGCAGCCUUCUCAUCGGUCCCCACAAUGCUGGAGGAGACAGUGGAGCUGGGGAAACCUUUAGGACUGCUGUCGAAAGCUGCUUGGGCCAAAAGCUCCUCUUUAUCCUCCUCCAAGACCUCCUCCUCUACAACAAAAUCAUCCACUUUGCCUUCCUCCUCCUCUCCCUCCAACCCUCCAGCCAGUAAAAGAGACAGUCAGACAGCCAGACCAGACAACGUCUCUCUGGUUGUCGUCAACAGCAACUCCUCCAGCAGCAAUAGCAGCUCCACUCUGGAGGAGUCGGUGAGCAGCCUGCCGGCCUGGGACCUCCCCACCGUCCCCGAGUCGCUGCUGUCCACGGUGGGCGACCAUGAUGUCACACUUCCUGCCAACGUCACCAGCCCUUUCUCCACCCACCAGUGGAACACCACCAUGCCUGUGCGCACCAGAAACACCUCACAGCCCACGACCACGUCCCCCACCACCAUGAGCACAUCUCCACCACCUGCCUACACCACCUCAACUCUGCCGCUGUCCACCACAGCGAGAGCACCAACGCCGCCGGAGUCCACCACAGUUUCUCACUCUACAAGCCAGGACACUGUGACCAACGACAGCCUUCAGCUGACGACGGUAACCACGACGACACCCUCAACGACCACUCUGACUGUGACCGCCGCUGCCAUGGUAACCCAGGCGGCGACCACAGGGAGCACUGUAACCGUCUCACCAAAUACCACCGCUGCUACGACCUCACAGCAAACAACCAGCCUCAAACCGACCCCAGCAGCUACGACUCAGCCAACGACCACUUCUACAACCACACCUGCCACUACAACUACUACAACUACUACUACUACUACUAGUACUACUACUACUACUACUACCAUGGCCCCCACCACCACCACCACCACCACCACUGCUCCUCCUCCAACCACCACUACCACUACUACCCCUGCACCUACAACUACUGUCGCUCCCACCACCACUACGACCACAACAACCACCACUACAAAGGCACCGACCACAACUCUGUUCAUCCCCAUGGAAACCAUGUCGCCUCCCACCACCACCACCACUGAAGCUCCAUCCAGUACCAGCGCAGAGGAAGGACCACUACCAUGCAAUGUGACCGAGAAGUACUGGGUCAGAACAGUUCUGUCCAUCGAGCUCCGUAGGAACCGGCUGGAUCUGAUCCUGAAACAGAACCUGUCUAAAGGACUGAGCCACGCCCUGCAGAGAGCCCUGAACGACUCCACAGCCCAGGCCCAGGUGGAGCAUGAUGACUGCAGCCCCCACAACGUGACGCUGGGUUACUACGUGACAAGCGGUAAGACGGUCUUCAUCUCCUCGCUGGUCAUGGAGGCGCUGCAUGUUUACGGCUUCGACAAGCUGCUGUCAGACAUCCGGCAGCACACGCCGCUGGUCAGAGCCGUCCUGGUUCCUGUCGCUGCCUGGACGCCUGCUCCCAGCGUCCACCUGCAGCUCAAAACAGUGCUGAGGUUCGUGGGCCCAACAGACAACAUCUACUCCUGCAGCUUCGUCCAGAUGUUGGAGCACCGGCUGGAGAACGCCUUCGACGAGGCUCAGGACAAAGUGCUGGAGACCUACAACAGGCUCACUGUGGAGAUCCAGAGUGUGUCCCAGGAGUCUGGCUCUCCAUCGGUCUCUCUGGUCUACGUGGUGAAGAACCAGGAUGCAAUCCUCAACGGGACCAUCUCCAGCGGCCUCCUCAACCAGCUGACCGCCGAGCUGGUGGGCUACUUCCUGUUCUACCCACCCAUGGUCAUCGCUGAGCCCCUUGAAUACCACAAUCUCAACACGUCGAUGGCAACCAAGAACUACUGGGUGAUAACAGUGAUCCAGGACGUAGACAGCUCCUCCCUGGAGGCCAACUACCAGAGCUUUGCCAGCCUGAUGGAGCAGCGCCUGGCGGAGCUCCUGCAGGUGGCCGGCAGGCAGGGACCCCGUACGGCACGCGCUCGGAGGGCCACCACCGUGGGGAGCUACACCGUACAGAUGGUGAGCAUGCGGCGGCUGCCCGGUCCCAAGAACCCGGCGGAGAUGACCUACUACGCCCAGCUGAACGGAGCCCCCAUCACCGGGUCCACUGCUGCCAAGACCCUCAGCAGCCUGGACUCCCAGACCAUGGCCCUCACCCUGGGGUACUUCGUCCAAGUCCAGGCUGAACCGGUGGUGAAGACUCCGCCCAGCAACCUGUGGAUCAUGGCCGUGCUGACGCCUCUCUUCCUGCUGCUGGUGGUCAUCGGCAUGGUGGCCUUCAUCCUCUGUAAGAGGAACAGGGUCAUCUUCAAAACCGGAGCCUUCAGGAGCUUCAAGACCCGCUCCAAGACGUCGUAUCGGAGGGAGGGCAGUUACCACCACCAGCCUGUCCAGGGCUUCGACUACGCCAAGAAGCACAUGGGUCGGACGGGUGACGAGACCGUCUCCAUCACCAAGGAGACGCUGGUGCUGGGGCUGCCGGUACGAGACGCUCCACUGUCGCUGUCGCUGGAUAAAAAGGUCCACCAGGACGGGACCGCCAGCAAGAGGCCUCCAUCUGCUGACAUACACAAAGGAGGGCGGUUGCCAAGCGAAGAGGACGGCUCGGUGUCGAGUAACGGCUCCGGGAAGCUGAACACGAGUAAGAGCUCCUCGGCCCGCAGGACGGCCACCGGCAGCAGCAGCAAGAACGGCAAGGAGGAGCUGCACAAGAGGAGCACCAACGACCCGUAUGAAGACCAUUCAGGCUCUCUGCGUCUCAUCACCAUUAAACCAAUGACUGCUCAGCCAACCUACUCCUACCCCUCCUCCUCCUCUCACAGCCAGGACUCGGUGGUCCUCAACGGGGAGGCGAACCACAGCGGGCUGAAGCAGAAGUCGGACAUCGAGCACUACAGGAACAAACUGCGGCAGAAGGCCAGGAGGAAAGGCUACGGAGAGUUCUCUCUGUCCGAGACCGGCAGCCACGGCUACGGCCGCCACGACAACAGGCACGGUCGCCACGACAACGGGGUCAAGGAGCCAAUGACGGCUGAGGAGAAGAGGGCCUCGUUCGCAGGAUGUCAUAAGAGGUACUCCCACCCCCGGGAGCCCACCUACUGGAGCCGGCAGUCCCUGAGCAGCCCCAGCCCCGUGGAGACGGAGAUGGACCUGCUGGUGCUGAGAGAACGAUCCAGGAGAGGAAUCAGGAACAACGGCUACGACGCUGAGGCGGAGCCGUUUGAGGAGACCAACGUGGACCGUCUGAUGAGCUCUCUGGGUUACGGAGGCGGGUCGACCGGGACCGGCAGCUUGGGGGUCAAAGGUCACCGCGGCUCCGACUCCUCCACGCUCAGCUCCCAGCCGUCCAUUGAUGAGGUCCGCACGCAGAUGCACAUGUUGCUAGGCAACGCCUUCAGCCUGGCACCCCCGGACCACGACCCCCCUUCUCCUCCAACUAACAGCCACCACCACCACCACCACCACGCCCACCGAGCCUACAACCCGUCCCACACCAGCCACUACAGCGACGGGGUGACCAGCGCUCCGGGGACCAUGAACCAUCCCUGUGGAGGCCGGCAGAGGAGUCUGGGCUACGAGGACAUGCACCAGUGUAGCCUGCCCAAACCAGGUUUCCGGUUCACCCAGCUUCCUGAUAUGGGCAUCGGGUCUCCCCCGCCACUGAUCCCCUCCAGACCAGGACCGCCACCUGGAACCUCAAUACGACGUUCCACCCCUGAUGUCAGUCUGAAGCCCCGGGUGUCGGAGGCCUCAGACCUGCAGGCCCAGCAGCUCAACGGGGCCCCAUACCUGCCGCUGUCCAGAACGCCAUUCCCCGCGGUCACGGUGGACCAGUCCAUCUCCACCUACUCAGGAAACCCAAUCACAGCCGUCUACGCUAUAUCGGCCAACCGUCCCGGUUACUCAGACUACUUCGUCAUGUCCCCGCCGUCCUCGUACCGCAGCCCGUCCUGGAUGUCCUACCCACCGGAGCCAGAAGACCUGCCGCGGCAGUGGAGCGACACACCGAACUCCCGUCACCUUGAAACCAUCUGCUGAAGUGGACACAGCCAGUAGCUCGGUGUCUCUUUGGAUGGCCAGAGGACUUCCCUCUCACUGAAAACUCUCUGGAACUUUAUCACCUCCUUCCCUUCGGCCCUCCUUCCUCCUGUCUGACUUAUUGAUCCCCAGUGAACCCCCCGACCCCCCCGGCCCCC